CAGGCGGCUCAAUUAAUUCAAGGUCAGUCCUAAAAAACAAGACCAAUAUGGAGUGUGUCAAUUCAGAAUCAAGUGCACCUUUUGACAACCAACCUACCAAUCACAUUAAAAACUCAGAAUUUAAAAAUGAGGCAUUUAAGCAAAAGAAAAAAUCUAAAAAAUUGCACCACCAUUGUGGUCAUGAGCACGGCAAUGAUGGUUGUUCCAAAAAUUCAUGUAAACCCGACCUUCUGAGAAAUCUUUCAACCGUACUUCAAAACUGGAAACUGGGUGAUAAAGCUCCAUCCCACAAAACAAUGUCAAAUAUUGAAAGUGUUUUUAAAAAUAUUGAAAAACGAAUCAUUCAUGGAAGUGUUGAGAAGGUUCCGUCAGAUUGUCAGGCUGCUGGUGGUGGACUAGCCUACCCAAAAGAGACAAAGUUUAUUUUUCAUUAUCAAAUUCGUAAACUAAAUGAAGAUUGUACUGUGAUUGACGACACGCGUAAAUAUGGAAAGACAAUGGAAGUGUAUUCGGGAAAGGAAUUUCAACUGGAGUUUUGGGAACAAUGUUUAGGGACUAUGUUACCUGGCGAAGUUUCUUCAUUUGUUGUACCCCCCGAAAGGUUGGCUUCAUUUCCAGUUGUAAAUAAAAAACUCCGUGACUACAUGUUGGACAAAAAAGAUCAUUCUAUCAAGCACUGUUGUGGAUUAAUGAGUUUACAAGAGCAAGGUGGUUUGGGCUAUCCAGAUCUGGACGAGUUGAUGAUAAAGCCUGAACCACUUGAAUUUAUUUUUGACUUAGUUAAGGUUGAAAUUCCUGGUAGUGGUAGUCGUAAAGAAACAUGGAUAAUGACACCUGAAGAAAAACUGGCAACUGUACCAGUUUUACGUGAAGAAGGUAAUCAGUUGUAUAGCCGUGGGGAAUAUAAUAAAGCGGCUGCAUGUUAUAGUGAGGCGUUAGGCAUUUUAGAACAGUUAAUUUUACGAGAAAAACCAGGAGAACCUGAAUGGAUUGAAUUGGACAAAACACGAAUACCAUUAUUCAUUAAUCUUGCACAAUGUCAGUUUAAAGAACAAGAUUACUAUGCUGCAAUUAAAAGUACCACUGAAGCCUUAUCAAGAGAUCCUAAAAAUGCAAAAGCACUUUAUCGUAGGUCUAAAGCGUAUGCAGAAACCUGGGACUUUGAUCUAGCUGUUGAGGAUCUACGUAACCUAGCCAUUUGUCGUCCAGAUAUGAAGAAAACAGUUGAAAAUGAACUUAACAUGAUAGAGGCUAAGCGCAUCAAUGAGGAAGUCAAAGGAAGGCGAAAAUUAGCUGGCAAACUCUUCGCUUGUCCGAAACCAGUCACCGAAUCAAAUGUAGAUUAAGGGUUUUUAAUAAACCCAAAAAUAUUGUCAGUAUUAUGUGGAUCCCUGAAAAUGGAUUCGAGGUUUGUGCAAUUAUGAUAGAGCAGCCGGAUUCAUGUAUACAUGUCUGUAUUUCUUUUUUUUUGUCGACUGUGAUAUAACUAUUUCCAUUAACAGUUUCUUUAUUUCAUUUCAUACCAAUAUUUCUAUCUUAUUGUAUAUACUAUAAAACCCAUUUAUUUAUAAUAAAUAAUAUGUUGAAAAUCUAUAAUGAAAUGAAUUAAACUUGUUCAUUUGUAACAGUGAUGAAAUUUGGUUUUGGUUUCAUCAGUAGCCUCUUAAAUAAAAUAAAUACAUAAAGUACGAUUCAAGUAAUUUAAUUUCAG